AGAAUUUUUGCUGUAGUUACUUCUUUCAAAGAAUAUCGUUAUGUAAUACAAAUAGAUACAUUAUAAAAUAAUAUAUACUUAGUAAAUAUAUGCGCGCGCGCGCGCGCGCGUGUGUGUGUGUGUGUGUGUAUAUAUAUAUAAAAUAUGUAAACUAAAACUAUAUUACCAUUUUACAUCUUCAUCGAGUUGGAUAUAAUACAAUUCUACUGAAGUAAUACUAAUUAGAGAUCAUUACUUUGAUAAAAAUAUUAGAUGAUAUAGUAUGGCUACAUGUUGUAACUGUCAAUGCAACAAUGACAAAAACAAUGACAUAAGCAGAAUGUUUUCACUGGAAUAAACUAGUUCAAAGCGCUCAAGUUUUUUUCUUUGACCAAUGGUUUAAUCAACGAUUACAGAUAUGUGUUUGUGGAUAUUACAUGAUACAUGGGAAAAGCAUAUGCAAAAUUCAUUAAUGGCAUUGCCACAAAAGUACAUCUAACUCUGCAUGUAUAAUUACGCGCGUAUUUUUAAAUACGAAAAAGCAAAUCUGAAACCAAAAAUAUACGCAAGACCAAAGGUAAACGGUGAAGAAAGAAAUAGGGGGGGGGGGGCGGGGGGCGGGUGGGGAGUGACAUAUAUAUAUAUAUAUAUAUAUAUAUAUGUACAUACAAACGAGGAUAGUAGAGUCCAUAUACGUGCUGGAUAAGAAGAAGAUGGAAGAAAGAAAGAAAGAAAGAAGCGAGAGAGAAUAAGAGAGGGGAGUAAAAAGUUAAGAGAAGCGAACAAUAAAAUGAUCGUUUUGGCUUUGACAGCGAUUAAUGCGAAUAGGGUUAAGUGCGACUUGGCACUUUUUAUCGGAUUUUCUCGAAUUGAAAUUUCUAAACUUGGCAAGGAACGUUAAACGGUAAGAAAACAUUCGAGAAGAACCAUUCUCUCUCUCUCUCUCUCUCUCUCUCUCUCUCUCUCUCUCUAGCUCUAUCUCCAUGUCCUUACGUCAUCUUGACAACGCAAUGUGCUGCACCGUGUGCACUCGGAUUCGUUCGAAUGAAUCGGCCACUUUUUGCUGCGUGAUCGCGUGAGAUAUACAAGCAAAGUUGUACAACUAAAUAUCUCAAAGAGAAAAUAGCGCUAUUCUUGGUGCUAGCAAUAUGACAGAUCGUUUCUGGGCUGGUACUAUGUGGUAUUAUAAUGAUAUAUCAGACUUUAAUAGAUGCAAGGCUUUUUUAACGACUAGAACUAUAAGUGGUAUAUCUACCGGAGCAUAUCUAGAGAAAGAGAAAUUCGUAAUCGGCGAAGAUAGCGGUCUUUUACAAAUUUUGGGCCUAGUUGAAAUACCGGAUCUGGACCAACAGGAAUUACAAUCUUUAGGAUACGCUUGUCAACAUGACGAUACGCUUACAACGGUGUCAGUAUUUUCUGACAAUGAACAUUUAGUGACCGGUGGAAUGGAUUGUUGUAUAAAGGUAUGGGAUAUAUCUAAUCUAAUGUCUAUAGAUUCAUUCCAUUCUAGUCAUAUAGAUGUUGUAACUGGAAUUGAUGUACAACAAGGAAGUAAUUCUGUAUUUAUAUCUUCGUCAUUAGAUAACUGUGCUUUGAUGUGGGAUACGAGAAAACGAAAACCUGCGCAAUGUAUUUUCGAAAAAGAUGGCUGUGGUUUGACGUCGGUAUCCUGCAAUCCUGUCUCCAAUAACAUCGUGGCGAUAGGUGCAAACGAUGGAAGCGUCACAUUAAUAGACAUUAGAAACACGGACGAUGUGUUAUUCGAGUCAUCAGUAUUUUCCAGAUCAAUACAUAAGCUUUUAUUUAAUCCAAAUCCAGAAAGGUCAAGGCAGAUAGCUUGUUGCUGCGAUGAUAUUGUAAUUAAAGUUCUUGAUACAAAUGAAGAUUGUACUGUUAUUUAUAAAGAUAAUAGACAUACAGAUUUUGUACGAGGACUCACGUGGUACAACGAUCAACUGUUGUCAUGUUCCUGGGAUGAUAAGAUUUUAAAACAUACAAUCUAAUUUUGUAUGAUCCAACAUUAUAGUUAUCAUUUUUAUAUUAAGAUUAACUGUGAUCAUUUUAAUAAAAUAGAAAUAUUAAUGUUUCUCUAUA